CUCUCUCUCUCUCUCUCUCAAUCCUACACACAGUGACACAGUCUGUCUUUUCUGUCUUCCCUUCUUCUCUCUCUCCCCCAACACACACACACACAGAGAGAAAGACAGUGAGAUUGUCUGCUACAGAGCUGAACUCUUUAUUUUUGCCGUUCCAAUCAACACCACUCCAAAUGGGAGUUCAUUUGUGUUUAUGAAAAAACAUAAAAGCCCAAUCCUUCCCUAUUUUUUCUCCAUUUCCUUGAGCAAAAUUUAUUGGAUCGCCCUCUUUUUCUUUCAAUUUCACAUUCUUGAAGACUCCCAGAUCUUGUUCUCCCUCUCAGACAGUUUAUGUUCUAACAAAAGGCCAUAAAGCUAAGGUCUUUAUCCAAAAAUCCCAAUGAAACAAUGGAGCACAGACACAAACUCACACUAAUCAUCACCCUAACAUCCUUAUCAGCCUCAGCAAUUAUUUCCCUCUUACUCUUUUAUUUCCUGAGAAGAAAAACAAGAAAUGCGCCGCCCACAGAUAAGGAGGCCGCGUUUGGGUGCAAAGAAGAAGCGCCGGUAAGCACAGGGGAUUUGAUUAGAUUUCGGGGCGGCGAGAAUCUCGGCGUUGAGGACAUUCUGGAGGCGCCUGGCGAGGUUAUCGGGAAAUCUAGCUAUGGGACGGUGUAUAAGGCUUGUUUGGAUGGUUCGAAUUCGCUUGCAUUGCUUAGGUUUUUGAGACCAACUUGUACGCUGAGUGGGAAAGAGGUGAAGCCGAUUGUGGAGCUGUUGGGGUCUGUAAGGCACCCUAAUUUGGUGCCCCUGAAUGCGUUUUAUGCGGGUCCGAGAGGGGAGAAGCUGACGGUUCAUCCUUUUCAUGGGAAUGGAAACUUGGCUCAGUUUAUCAGAGAUGGCAACAAAAACCCUGAGGCCCACAGAUGGCCCACCAUAUGCAGAAUCGCAACCGGCAUUGCUCGUGGGGUCCACCACCUCCACACGAGGCCUCUAAUCCACGGAAACCUCAAGUCGAAGAACAUUUUCCUCGACUUCCACCAUAACCCGCGUGUGUCUGACUAUGGGCUAUUCCUUCUCCUGAACCCAACUGCAGGCCAGCACAUGCUCGAGGUCUCAGCUUCCGAGGGUUAUAAACCUCCCGAGCUAAUCAAGAUGCGUGAAGCAUGCGAGGAGAGUGACGUUUACUCCUUAGGGGUGAUUUUUCUCGAGCUUUUGACGGGAAAGAAGCCGAUUCUUGAUCGGGAUUUUUAUCUGCCUAGCGCCUACCGACCAGAAAUUGUUGAGGGGAUGGGUGAGGAUCGGAGGGCGGCUGUAGAGGAUGGUAUAUUGAGAUAUUUCCAGCUGGCGAAGGCUUGCUGUUCGCCUUCGCGCGUGUUGAGGCCCGAUAUAAAGCAGGUACUCAAAGGGCUUGAGGAAAUUGACAAGUGAAAGUCGCACGCGUGGAUGUGAUUCGACAUUGCUGAUUUUUGGAUAGUUUCACUAAUGGAAGGGAAGAAAAAGAAAUGUGGAAUGUAGGCAUGAAAGUUCUUGAUCACUUGUUUGGUUUUCAAUUUUCAUUGAUUUAGAAAGUUGAGAAUGUAGAUGUGUGCAAGUGAACUUUCUGUAUUCAAAUUCGAAAAGUUUUGACAAAAUACU